AUGUACAGAGAGCUCUAUGAGCUCCUCAAAGCUGCCAGCGAGGCGGAGGGUCAAAGGGUCGUGGCGAAGAUAAGGCGUGGUAUGGAUGUCGAGACGGUACUUCGCCAGGGUAAAGACAGUAAUGUCUCAGGCGAGACUGCCACGGCCAGCCAUGAGUCGCCUGUCUUGUGUUUCCAAGAGUUAGUCUCAUGGACGCAAUGCCGUGCUCAUCCGGGGAACCACGGGUCACAGCACGAAACAGACCAAUCAACCAUCCUGACUCUCCCCCCGCGGCCGCUUGACGCCUACAUGUCGCUUUGGCAUCAGGAUACGUGGACUCAGACGGGAUGGACAAAGGCGCACAUACACCACCUCAUUGACGCCAUAAGCUCCUGGGACUACCUCCCGUUUAGUCUCCUGAGUUAUCAUGACUUUCUGCAAAGUUUCUAUAGCGACUCUAGCCAAUUUUGUUCGCCGGCGUUGGUGUGCGCUAUCCUGGCACUAGCAUGCCAUCUCGUAAACGAAGACAGAGAUGACCUGGAGGUUCUCCCGUCUGGCUGGGUUGGGAGCACGAUGUUCUUGGAUUUGGCUAAUGAAAAGUUGCACCAAGACCAACCCAAGGGGCUUCCGGAUAUACAAGCCAUUGGAAUCCUUUCGCUCUAUCACCUGCGGCGUGGACGAGAAGACAGAGCGCACGAGUGCGCUGACGAUUUCGUUGCUAAAAUCCAGGAGUUUGACGACCCUGACUCUCCGGUUCGCAGCAAGGGUUCGCAGCAGUACGAGACUGUGCUGGACAUUACUUACUGCGGCGCGGUAUCGCUAUUUCGCAUACUCCUCCUGGCCACGGGGAAAAUAUUCAAUAUACCGCAUGCCAUCACCCCGGCGCCUGCAUCCAUCCUGAAAAGGCUAUAUCAGAUGAUGCAAAGUCGCGAUGGAGAUGCAGCGUUGAACCCGAGCGAGCGCAGCUUGCAGCUAUUAAGCCUGCAGUACAUCUCGGGCAAGGUUUUCGAGUUGACCGAGUGGGUGUAUGAUUUUGUAGAGUCAACUCGCUCAAACAUCCGCCCUUCUCCGCGUUACGUGAGGGCAUUCUACGAGAAGUGCCUCGACUGGUAUAAGGAAAUCUUUGCCUACGCUGAGAACGAUUGCGCCAGAACGCCGUUUGUGCUGUUUGUGCAGUAA